GUUCGGGCGGCGUCGGCGCCAUUUUGCCGGAGCCCGCGACCCAGUGGGAGUGGAGCGGAGCGGCCGUCGCUGCCGGCUCUUCCCUCCUCCCCGCGGUCCAGUCAGCGGUCGAUUAGGCCGUCGGCCCUCACGCCGAGACUGGUCGCUCGUUUAGUUCUGGGGAACGCCUGGCCGACAUGAGCGAUCUCGAGGAGAACAACUUCGAGGGCAGAGAGUCUCGCUCUCAGUCAAAAUCUCCAACUGGAACACCUGCUCGUGUAAAAUCGGAGAGCAGGUCAGGAUCUCGUAGUCCUUCGAGGGUUUCCAAACACUCUGAAUCCCAUUCUCGAUCAAGAUCAAAAUCCAGGUCAAGGUCAAGGAGGCAUUCUCAUAGACGUUACACUCGAUCCAGAUCUCAUUCUCACUCUCAUAGAAGACGAUCUCGAAGUAGGUCAUAUACACCAGAAUACCGGCGUCGAAGGAGCCGAAGUCAUUCUCCAAUGUCUAACCGGAGGAGACAUACAGGCAGCAGGGCAAAUCCAGAUCCUAACACCUGUCUUGGAGUGUUUGGCCUCAGUUUAUAUACCACAGAGAGAGACCUUCGGGAAGUGUUUUCUCGAUAUGGACCAUUGAGUGGGGUCAAUGUGGUUUAUGAUCAGCGAACUGGACGGUCACGAGGAUUUGCUUUUGUUUAUUUUGAGAGGAUUGAUGACUCAAAGGAGGCUAUGGAAAGGGCAAAUGGAAUGGAGCUAGAUGGCAGAAGAAUUCGUGUUGAUUAUUCUAUCACCAAAAGAGCGCACACACCUACACCAGGCAUUUACAUGGGCAGACCAACUCAUAGUGGUGGUGGAGGUGGUGGAGGCGGCGGUGGAGGUGGAGGAGGUGGCAGGCGUCGAGAUUCAUACUAUGAUAGAGGAUAUGAUCGUGGAUAUGACAGAUACGAAGAUUAUGACUACCGGUACAGAAGAAGAUCACCUUCUCCUUAUUAUAGUCGAUACAGAUCACGGUCCAGAUCUCGUUCCUACAGCCCAAGACGCUAUUGACAAACAGAAUGGUUGCAGUUGAGGACAUCCUUUUUUCUCUUGAUUUUCUUUUAAUUCUGGAUUUCCCCAAGCUUUUAAUCUUUCCUGUUCCUCAAAAAAGAACCCUUGGAAAAAAUCUUUGGUUUAUUUAGCAUCUACACUUUAUCUGUUGUAUUGGUGUUUCCAUCCCUUUUAUUAUACUCUGAAAGAUGUAAUUGUUAUCAUUUUUGAGUAGUUAAACAUCUCGAGUAAAAAGGAACUCCUAGUGUUAUGCUUUGUAAAUGAUUUUUUCUUUGCUUUUUCAGAAAAUUAACUCCUGGCUAAUCAGAUGAAGAAAGAAAUGAUCUUUUUAAAGCUUCUGUUACAUUAAAUAUUGUAUUAGACAUUGUAUUAGAGAUACGCAUUUAAGAACUCCUUUUUUAACUUUCUUUUGAGAAAGAUAGUAACACAUAAAGUAGUUCAGUCAUGUCAACUUUGUCUGGAGUGGUAUAGAGCAGUCAGAUAGUUGAGUAUAGAAAAUUUGAAGCUAUAGAAGAAAAUACUUCAUUUCUUUUGACAAAUGGAAUUUUGUAGUCCUACAAAUUAAGUUUUUAUUUUGUUUUGUUUUUGUAGAGACGAAAAGCGUGUGGGCUCCUACAAACAUUUUGUAUUUAAAAUACAUCUGUUGAAACUUACAAACUUAAAGUGUGAUUUUUGUGUUGGCUUUCUUGAAGUUUUAAGUGUUCCUUUAAUCAGUGAAGAACAACCCUUAUUUAUUACCUAGCAUAAUUAUAUACUUUACUGUUUGAGAUUUUGGUUUGGGGACAAUGGUUUAAGCAGGCUGUUGUAUAGUAUGAAUCUUUAGACGUGUGUAUGGGGCAAGUAGUCUCUUUUCAAAUAAAGUUAAUUUCUUUGAAAAUGGAACCGUCUCU